AUGACCGAGGAGCAGGUGAACCAGGCUGUGGAAUAUAUUAAAGACAACCUUGAGGACUCUGAAAGAGGUCUGUGGGCUGUGGUGAAUAAUGCUGGCAUGUCAACAUUUGGAGAAGUGGAGUUUACCUCCAUAGACACCUACAAACAGGUGUCAGAGGUCAACCUGUGGGGCGUGAUCAGGGUCACCAAAGCUGUUCUUCCAUUAAUCCGCAGGGCCAAAGGCCGCAUUGUGAACAUGUCCAGCAUGUAUGGGAGGAUGGGGAAUAUAAUGCGCUCACCUUACUGUGUCUCUAAAUACGGUGUGGAGGCUUUUUCUGAUUGCCUUCGCUAUGAGAUGAAGGCCUGGGGUGUGAAAGUGUCUGUAAUCGAACCAGGGAACUUCAUCGUGGCCACCGACAUCCUGACUCGCGACACUGUGGCAGCCACUGCCAACAAACUGUGGAACGAAGCACCCUCAGUUGUGAAGGAGGAUUAUGGGAAAGCCCACUUUGAGCACCACAUGACUCUGGUGGGCUCUUACUGCAGCACCGGACAGAAGGAUAUGGCUCCUGUUCUUGAUGACAUCACUGACGCCAUCGUGUCCAAGCGUCCUUACACACGGUACAACCCCAUGGAGCCUCACUGGUGGAUCAGAGUGCAGCUGAUGACCCACCUGCCUGGCGCCAUAUCCGACUUACUCUACUUCUAAAAUGCGUUCCUGUGUUAGCUCCCUCCAUUUCACUCAGAUCACAGUACCAGUCUACUUUUCAACUACAUAGCACUAUGCAGAUCUGCAGACUUUUCCUGAGGAGGGUUUCUGCUAUGUAUUUCUCAGCACUUGAAAUUAUUUACUUAUCAAACUUUAAUGUGUUUUCUAACUUUAUAUAUAUGUUAUUGCACUUUGAUUUUUGUAUGUAUGUCAAAGACCAUGGCUUUUAUCUAUACAGAUAUAAUCACUGAUAAGUAGUAACUACUUUGCGUUGUAUUAUCAGCAGGGCUACUCAAGGCCUUAAACACUGCAUCUUCUUUGCUUGCUGUGGUGUUAAAAAUAUGUUAGUGUUUGUUCCCCUAUAUCUUUUUCCUGAUACUUUUGCCUUAUGGGAAUCUUCUGGGGUCCCACUGGCACAAGAACCAAAGCUGGUAGAGUUGACGGGAAGGCUCAUGCUAUUCUGUUGUGGCUGACGCAGGAACAAACCAAGGCUCAGCUGCUGUAAGACUGUGGUGAGAUUUGGCUCAACCUGCCCUAAAGUUACAUAACACCAUAAGCCCACAUUCCUAUCCUCCAUGACAUCUUGCAUGCUACUUCGACAGUGAGGUUGAUUGAUAAAUGGGGAUGCUUGAACAAAAAGGCUGUCCGUCUCUCCUUGAAGGGAAGUAUUUUGUAUAUGGAAUGAUGUGACUGAAUCUUAUUUUGAAAGUUUGAAUGCUUUGAAAUAAAGG